AUGCACUAUCAAAGUGAUAUUACUGGCUACACAAGCGCCGUAGAUCCAAAGUACGACGCCAAGUUCUACACCCAGCCGCAGUUUGAUCACCCGCCAUUCACCCAGGAGCAAUGCGAGGCUAUCCACCCAGAGCACCGUACCCCCGUGACGUUUGGGGACAAGCUUGCCGAUGCGGGUAUCCGCUUUGUGCGCGGCAGCUUUGACUUUGUAACCGGCUACAAGAAACCAAAGUGUGCUCAGGACGUGGAGGACGGAUUCAAGGGCACUAGGUACGAAAUGACCCCACUGAAGUGGCUCACCCGAGUCAUUUUCUUGGAGAGCAUUGCGGGAGUUCCGGGAAUGGUGGCGGCGUUUAUCAGACACCUCCACUCGUUGCGCUUGUUGAGACGUGACCACGCAUGGAUCGAGACCUUGCUUGACGAGGCGUACAACGAGAGAAUGCACUUAUUGACGUUCAUGAAGUUGGGAAAGCCUGGAUGGUUCACCAGCAUGAUCAUAUACGUCGGGCAGGGUGUCUUCUGCAAUGCCUUUUUCCUCAUGUACUUGAUGGCCCCGAAGUACUGCCACAGAUUCGUUGGCUACUUGGAAGAAGAGGCCGUGAGCACUUACACGCAUUUGAUCGAGCAUCUUGAAAUGGGGAAGUUGCCUGAGCUCGAGGCGAUGCAGGUGCCGGAUAUUGCCAUCAACUACUGGUCCGGGUUGGACAAGAACUCUAGUAUGAGGGACUUGGUGUUAAGAGUGAGGGCGGACGAAGCCAAGCACAGAGAGGUCAACCACACGUUGGCGAACUUGGAGCAGAAGAGCGACAGAAACCCAUUUGCCUUGGAAAUUGACGAGAUUAAGAAGCCACAGCCUUCUAAGGGCUUGAAGACUCACAAGGGCACCGGCUGGGACCGCAAGGACCUUAUUCUUUAA